CAGUAUGGCUUCUCCAGCUCUACUCAUGCGUGUGGUCGCCUCUGCAUAUUCAGUUGCGGAAAAAGCUGCAACAAUUGUCAGAAAUGUAAUGGCUGCAGGAGAUCUGGGGAUAGUGGAGAAGACUGGAGCCAAUGACUUGCAGACCAAAGCCGACCGACUGGUACAAAUGAGCAUUUGUGCUUCCCUAGCACGGAAGUUUCCCAAGAUGACAAUCAUAGGAGAAGAAGAACUGCCCAGUGAUGAGGUAAAUGAGGAAUUAAUUGAAGAUGGUCACUGUGAAGAAAUCCUGAAGAAACCUUGUCCUGCUCAGUACACAGGAAUUAAAGAGGAAGAGCUUGUAAUAUGGGUUGAUCCCUUGGAUGGAACCAAGGAGUACACUGAAGGUCUCCUUGACCAUGUGACGGUUCUUAUUGGAAUUGCUUAUGGAGGCAAAGCAAUAGCAGGAGUUAUUAACCAGCCAUAUUACAACUAUGAGGCAGGAGCUGAUGCUGUGUUGGGCAGGACAAUCUGGGGAGUCCUGGGCAUAGGUGCCUUCGGAUUUCAGCUCACAGAAGCACCUGCUGGGAAACACAUCAUUGUUACCACCCGUUCUCACAGCAGCACCCUGGUAAAUGACUGCAUCAGUGCCUUGAACCCAGACAGUGUCAUCAGAGUUGGAGGGGCAGGAAACAAGGUAUGA